CCCAGACCUCACCGGUUUGUCUUCGCCGUGAGGUUGUUAGUACUUCAGCCUCCUCUGCACGCCGCCUUAGCCGUUACCCCGUCUCUUGUCCAGCAGGCUGCUCGGCACUACCAGCACGCAAGGCUGUGCACUUGAUGAACUGAACUGACCGUUUGGUGCUGCCCGUCCAACAAUCACCGCGCCCCAGCAUUCACAGCCGCCGCAACGCGCCUCAGGCCCCAGUCGUGUCCCGUGCCGUAUUAUGUUCACUGCCCCGGCCCCAGGUCCCCCUACCGUCUCCGCGACUGCCACAGCAACCGCCAACCCGCCUCCCCAGCGCCCCCACGGCCGGCGAGGCUUCAGUUUUCUCAGAGGCCUGCACCUGCACUCGGGCCCCGCUGACGAUCAACCGCCACGUGAGGACGUCAGAGUCCCCAAAACACGGGCACGCGCUUUAACACACACCCCGCCCGCCUCGCCCGCCCACGCGCCUGUGCCCUCGGACGUGCCUGUCCCCCAGAGCCCCGUUACUCGACCUGCGCCCUUGUCCAGACGCCAGACAGCACCCACCUCGCCCGCACCCAAUCCACCGCCGCCUACCCACGACGACGACAACGACGACGACAACUCCUCCUCCUCCUCUCCCCCUGCCACCCCGACCGCCGCCAUGACGAGAAACCGCGCAGAGACGACGACGCCCCAGCUGCUGGUGCGCAACAACACGGGGCCGACACCGGCAUCCGCCCCCGGCCUGUCUGCUGGGGAUCCCGCCGAGGGCAGCGCAGAGGGCCCCGUCUCCGCCAGACACCUCCCCUCGAUUCGCUUCAUCCCCCACACCGACCCCAGAGCGGGCAGGCCCUCGCUCCAGUUCCCCACCAUUACCCGCACACUACCCGAUGAGUCGGCCAUCAUUCGCGUGGGUCGUUACUCGGAGCGAGACAACGCCCCUGAGAUAUCGUCCAACGUGCCCUCUGCAGCCGCCGUCGGCUUCAAGUCCAAGGUCGUCAGCCGCAAGCACUGCGAGUUGUGGUGCAUGGACGGCAGCUGGUAUGUCAAGGACGUCAAGAGCUCGUCCGGGACAUUCCUCAACCACAUCCGCCUGAGCCAGCCCAACGUCGAGUCGAAACCCUUCAAGAUCAAGGACGGCGACAUCAUCCAGCUGGGCAUAGACUUCCGCGGCGGCGAAGAGAUGAUCUUUCGAUGUGUCAAGAUUCGCGUCGAGUGCAAUCGCGGCUGGCAGCAGGGGCUCAACAAGUUCAACAAACAAACCCACCAGCGCCUGCGGAACCUGUCCAAGAAAAAGGACAGCGACAGCGCGUCCACACACACCUCCGAGUGCGCCAUCUGCCUCAUGUCCAUCGCACCUUGCCAAUCUCUCUUCGUCGCGCCCUGCUCGCACGUCUGGCACUACAAGUGCAUCCGACCGAUCCUCAACGGGCCAACAUGGCCCAACUUCCUGUGUCCCAACUGCCGCGCCGUCGCCGACCUAGAAGAAGACGUCGAUGACCCCGACGACCUCGAAGAAUGGGAAGCAGACAUGGCAGAAGAAAGCGGUGGCGACGCCGACGCCGACGCAGCACACACAGACCAACAGCUCACACCCCGCCCCUCAGCCGCCCUCUUAAACGGCAGCACCACCACCAACGAGACAAGCACAACCGACCCAACCACCCUCGCACACCUCCAACAAGCAAUCUCAAACAUCUCCCUAUCAGACUCCCACGGCAUCCCUGCCCCCCAAACCCCACACCCCCGCAUCUCAUCCCCCUCAGACAACCUCACCUCCUCACAACCAGUCUCCAUCAACGUAAACGGCGCAAACGACUUCUCGGGCCUAACCCCCAUGUUCGCAAACACAAUGGACGGCCUGACCCCCGGCGGCGUGCACGACGGGCCCAUGACCCCGCGGAACGACGCGGGACCUUUCGUGCUCGACGGCAGCGCGGGGCGCGCGGCGGGGGCGCGGCUUAGGGAUGCUGCGCUCGCGGGUGGGGAUGGAGAUGCGGAGGGUGAGGGUGGGGAUGAGCCGCCGAGUUUGCCGCCUAUACGGUUUAAUUAGUCGAUGGACAUGUCUGUCUGGAUGGGCUGUUGUUCUGGUUUCGGGGGUUUUGCAUCGGUGUUUCUUUUGGGGGCGAGGGGCGUUUGUUUGGCUGGAGGGGGCGUUUUGGGAUGGGGGGUUGAAUGGAUUGGACGGGAUUGAAUGGAUUGGAGUGUUGUGUGCGGUGAUAUCGUAUAUCUGGUGGCUUUGCUGGAGGGGGGGAGUGAAACGAUGGAUGUAUUAUGCGUAAAUGUCACUUCUUUACUGGGCUCUUCUUCGUGCGCUAUGGGAGGUGUCGUGGGGGCUUGUUGUGGAGUCACUUGGGUCUUGUUUUCUUUCUUGGGUUGUCUUGGUGUUGUUCUUAUUUUGGAGCGCACUUUUCUUUGUGCGGAAUAAUACACACUCUCA